UUUCCAUGAAAACGUUUUACGCCCUACCAAACGGAGCCCUACGAAAAGGGGGACUGGCUUCCACCACCAUCUCGUCGGUCAGGUGCGCGUCUCUUCCAUCUCGCCUUUGAGUCUCGUCAUCAGUCACGCGUCUCCUCCAUUUCGCCGUUGCUCUCGUCGUCGGUGUCGCCACCCGCGCCUCUUCCCAGCCACGAUUCCAGCCGUUCAAUUGUUCAUCUGGUUCAAACUUGGCUUUCUCCUUCAGCAUUUUGGAUGCACACUCAUUUCUCUUUCUAGUAGAGGACGAUUCAAUGGUCCGCAAGCGUUUUCCAGAAGCUCCAACAGGCAUUCAAUGGCAUAAAGUCUUGAGAAAAGUGGGUUUAGGGAAGAAUGAUUGGUACUUUUGGAAGCAAACGGGUAAGGCAUUGCUAUGUACCUAUGCACUGUUUGGGGCAGCUUGGAUUUACAAUGAGACAUCCCCACUUGGGUGGUGGACAUUGAAGCCGCGGCCGAAGGAGGAGAAAGAACUGGCUCAUCUCUACGAAAGACGAAAGUUUCCGUACCCGGGUGAUAAAGAAGCCAUGGAAGAGUUUGUUGUUAAGGGAGGGAUGAUUGGUACUACCAUUGGCCCGAAAGGGACAGUCGAUACUGAUAAGGACUCAUUCAACUAUCAGCAGGAGCUGCAGGAUAAGAAGUUUGAGCAGGAGGCUAACAAGUUGUGGUUUAGGAUGAGGAAUGAAGUUAUUGCUGAUCUUCAAGAAAAAGGGUUUGAUGUUGAGUGAAACCAAGGCAAGGGAUGCAUUGGCAAUAAGGUUUUCGUAGGCAACAAGCGCAAGUUGGAAUGGUAUUACGGUAUAACCCACCCAGUAAAGCAUGAAGAUACGGAAGGUUCAGUCCUAGAACUCUAGUAGGUGCUUGAUUAUUUGAUACGGAGUAUAAGAAAAGUUAGGUUUGGCUUAUUGGAAAGGAAUAUUCCAAUGGCUAAAAGUUUAGUACUCCAGUAAUAAUCUAAUAAUGUUCUACAAGAUCUUAUAAGUUAUAAGGUCCUAUAGCUUUCUAUAAAUUCAGAUAAUUUCGAGUCAUACUUUAAGAACACUUUAAAGAAAAUAAUUCAUUUACCGGGAUGUUUUCCGA